CCUCACAAAACGAUCCUUGGCCCUGCGUUGUCAGCCAAUACGGAGAGCUGCCUCAAUUGGGCCACUACUGCUGCUUUUUUUUUUGUCAGCGGGGUGAUUGACCGAGAUACUCCCACUGCCAUACUCCAAAGACGACAACACUCCCGACAGCCAGUCUGGCUAUCCGCAAUCAGCUUUCCGGUCUUCAAAUGAAGUACUUCGUACCACACGUCGAAUGCCGUUAUCCUCGAAUAAACUGAGAGCCAACUGCGGCUUCUGCAACAACAUGUCCGGAAUAGGGCCGCCAGAUGACUCUGCGGAUCCGAAAAAACCGGAAGCACGACGAAGCUUCAAGAUGUUUGAGCCCGCUAGUGGCAAAUUUACUGAGCCUGGGCCGCCCAAAGCUCUGAAAGGCCCUGCGGACUUCGAAUUCAUACACACUGCCCGGCCUGAGGAGUUGGCCUCGACGAGCGUCCGAAAGGCUGUUCGGACUCACGCGAUGCGUCAGUUUCACAAGAACAGUCGAGAGCGGGCGGCCGGGACAGAUAGACAUAAAAAUCAAUCUGAUAACACCAUUCUGCCCGGAGCUCCUACCAAUGAAUGUAACGAGGUUUCUAUUACGCCUACACCACCGUCGUGUAUAGGGGUCACUAUUACACAGAUCGAGCCUUUCCGAUUCCCGAUUCGAGUCCCCCACGAAGACCCCCCUCGCAUCGAAGGAAACCCCGCACCGGCAGAUACAAGAAUUGGCGGGAAGGGGGUGACAUUUCUCAGCGCUGCAAGCCACAACGAAGAUACGUGUGCUCGCAGCCGACUGGCCCCGCGACUACCUCCAAGUUUGGUUCGACCGGGACCAACGCCCCCUCUCCCAGGUGCAUCACAAAUGGAAGCCUCCUCGCUAAAACUCCUACGAUUCUUCCUCGAGGUCGUGGCCAGAGACUCGAUUCCUAUGAGUCCUCACGCGGAACACGAAUAUUUUAAAGAGGUUACUACCGGAAGACCCGCUUUUCGCCAUGGAACUCUACUAUUAGCUUCUGCGUAUCAGGCUCUGUUGAGGGGUGUCCCUGUGCCCUCGAAAUGUCAUUACCACAGUAUACUGACGAUCCGCUACGUCAACUCCAGCCUUGAAAGCCUUGAAGGACAGAUCGCGGAUGGAACUUUGGCCGCCAUUGCUUAUUUGGCUGCCUUUGAGAAUGCCAUCAAUCCUGCCACGAAUACCUCUGUGCAUAUCUCUGGAAUGGAGGCAUUGAUAAAACUCCGCAGCGCUCAUCAAUGCGCCUCUGCUGAGUACCUUCCCAAGCUGGGCCGAUCUCGUCGAUGCCACGUCCAAUCUCACCAAACCACGCUUUUCCCCACAUCAACCGCGAACGAAAAAUUUUAACAUCGCCGAUGAAGAAGAGUUUCAAGCCAGGCUUGGCGCACAAUGGGACCUUGACUUUCCUCCAGAU